AAUUAAUAUAUAAGUAUUGGCAAAAGAAAAGGUAUGUGCAGAUAAGAGUAUAGUACGUACUUGUUGGCUAUUCUCUCAUCUCAUGCACACACUACACAAUCUCAUUCUCACUCAUUUUGGCAAAAUACAAGAUAAGAGAGAGAGAAAUUAAUGGGAGAAAACAGUGGUGAGAAUAGUAGUAGUAAUAGUAAAUUAGCUAGGGCUUUUGAUGAAUUAGGAGUUGAUCAUGAAGUUGAAAAUGAUGUUUUUGGUGAUGAUGAUGAUGAAAAGAAUAAUAUUCUGAUGAAGAAGAUGAUUUCGGAGCAUCCUUUGUUUGAGCUCUUGAUUCACACUCACUUCAACUGUUUAAAGGUGGGAUUGAGUGAAAUUGAUGGAGAAGCUGCUGUGAAGGCUAAUAUUAAUACAAGUUACAAUAACAGCUGCCAAUCCACCACUAAUUCUCCAGACCUUGAUAAGUUUAUGGAAGCAUAUUGUAUGGCGUUGAGGAAGCUUAAAGAGGCUAUGGAAGAACCUGUAAAGGACGCAACAUCAUUCAUCUCUACCAUCUAUUCUCAACUUAGUGAUCUUUCUCUCCAAGAAAAUCACAAAGAAACUAAUAUCAUUUUCACUACCCACAAACAUAAUAAUAAAUGACAUAUAUAAAAUAUAUGUUAUAGUCAUAUAUCUAUAUAUAUUAUGUUAUAGCUAUAUAUAAUAUGCAUAUUAAUAUAUUUGUGCAAAGUCUACAUGUAAUGUAUUAUUGCAUGCAUGCAUGUACGUACGUUUGUUUCUCA